GUCCAAACAAGCUUUCACGUGAGGGUCAUCCAACGGCCCAGGAUUUGGUAUCUUUGUCUGGCAGUGCGUGAAUCGGACGGUGCUACGCUGCAGAUCUUGACCGUUGGAGGUGGUUAAAUUGAGGCCGUUGAUCUAGCUAGCUUGUGUGUUUUCUUCUACUCGUGUUCUUCGAGAGCGCAUUUGCCCUGAUUCUCUGUGUUCUUGCAUUUUCCCUUGUGCGCCUUGGAUCGAUCGUAGGCGCUUGGCGAUCGAUCCAUUUGGAUUGUCGGUGUUUUAGUCUUGCGCUGGCGGCAGCAGCAGUGCCGACAUUCUUGGCGGUCUCGCGAUUCUCUCAGGGCAUGAUGCAGGAGGGGGUGAUCAGCAGCGAGAAAGAGGAGCGGAAUAAAGAAUUCAAGGAAGCAUUCAGUCUCUUCGACAAAGACGGUGAUGGUUGCAUUACAACGAGCGAGCUCGCGGUCGUGAUGCGCUCCCUGGGCCAGAAUCCCUCGGAGGCGGAGCUCCGGGAGAUGAUCGACGAGGUCGAUGUGGAUGGCAACGGCACCAUCGAUUUCCAGGAGUUUCUCAAUCUCAUGGCGAGGAAGAUGAAGGACACGGACACGGAAGAGGAGCUCAAGGAAGCCUUCAAAGUCUUCGACAAAGACCGCAACGGACUCAUUUCGUGCGCGGAGUUGAGGGACGUGAUGAUCAAUCUGGGCGAGAAGCUGACCGACGAGGAGGUAGAGGAGAUGAUCCGCGAGGCUGACAUGGACGGCGACGGUCACGUUAACUACGACGAGUUCGUCAAGAUGAUGGCCAAGUAAGCUAGAUAACUCUCAGAGCUCUUAUUACUCGCAGGCGCUCUGCGCGACAAAUCGCCCGCAUGGGCGUCCUCGGAUUUUGGUCUGUAAAGCUCUUUACCCCUCCUGGCAAACUUUCCUGGCUGGGUGUCAUGACUUUCC